AUGUCACGUUUACAACCAGGAGGAGCAGGAGGCUUUACAAAGCCUAAACCAUUCAUUCCACCACCACCAUCCCCAGCACCACCCAAAGGAAAUAUAUUUACACUUGGUGGAUUGGAUCCAUAA